ACUCUUCCCUCAUCUCUCUCUCUCUCCCUUUCUCUCAUUCUUUCACUCUCUCUCUCUCUCUCUCUCUCUCUCUACAUAUAUAUAUAUGUUAUACUGUUGAUGAUUAAGCUAUCAGCUAGUUAACUGAAGGUACAGAAGAAAUAAGAGAGAACAAGAGCAAUAGUAAGGAAGCAAGGAGAGAAGAGAGAAAAAGAUGGUUGCAGCAGGACAGAACUCUCAAAAGUACCCGACAGUGCCAGAGGUGGUGGAGGAGUUUAAGAGAAUAACAGAUAUAGGCUUCCCUGUAAUCGCCAUGGGCGUGUUGGGUUAUCUCAAAAACAUGGUUUUAGUUGUCUGCAUGGGAAGACUCGGCAGUCUGGAGCUCGCCGGUGGAGCUUUAGCCAUUGGCUUCACCAACAUCACCGGCUAUUCAUUCUUAUCUGGACUUGCCAUGGGCAUGGAGUCACUUUGCAGCCAAGCUUUUGGUUCGAAAAAUCCAUCACUCGCAUCUUUAACUCUACAAAGGACAAUUCUCAUGUUACUUUUUACUUCACUCCCUAUUGCUUUUCUCUGGUUUAAUCUUCAACCUCUCAUGCUUGUUCUUCACCAAGACCCUCAAAUAACUCGAGUUGCCAGCAUCUAUUGUAGUUUUGCCAUACCUGAUUUAAUCGCCAAUAGUCUUCUUCACCCACUGCGCAUCUAUUUACGGAGCAAAGGCACGACAUGGCCACUAAUGUGGUCUACUUUAGUCUCAGUCAUUUUUCACAUACCCAUCACCAUUUUCUUAGCUUUUACACUCUCUUUAGGUGUCCCAGGAGUAGCCAUAUCCAACUUCAUCGCAAAUUUCAAUACGCUUUUCCUCCUUAUUUCUUACAUGUUAUUCUCCACUUCUACUCAACCCAACAAGGAAGACGACUCCCUCAAUACCCCACUGGUACUCUUACAGCCAGCUCCGCCGCCAUGGUCGCCGUCAACUUUGCUGAAAAUAGAAGAAUGGGGGAUUCUGCUCCGUCUGGCAAUACCCAGUUGUCUCGGCGUGUGUUUAGAAUGGUGGUGGUACGAGUUCAUGACGAUUCUCGCAGGGUAUUUAGAUAACCCGCGGGUAGCUCUUGCAACAUCGGCGAUAGUAAUCCAAACGACGUCGCUUAUGUACACAAUUCCAACAGCGUUAAGCGCAUCAGUGUCAACCAGAGUAGGGAACGAGCUAGGAGCAGGAAGACCAGAUAAGGCACGUUUGGCUACCGUGGUGGCAAUUGGGCUCGCCCUGGUAUUCUCUCUUCUGGGUCUGCUUUGGACGACAAUAGGUAGACAGCCAUGGUCAAAGGUUUUCACAGAAGACAGUCAAGUUCUAGCGUUGACCAUGGAGGUUUUACCUAUAAUUGGUGUAUGUGAGUUAGCAAAUUGCCCGCAAACAACGAGCUGUGGGAUCCUACGAGGGAGCGCUCGGCCAGGAGUUGGCGCAACAAUAAACUUCUACUCGUUUUACAUGGUGGGUGCACCGGUGGCUGUAGCUUUGGGGUUUGCUUGGCAACUAGGUUUCAUGGGUCUCUGUUACGGAUUACUAGCUGCUCAGAUUGCUUGUGUAGUCUCAAUCCUAACAGUGGUUUAUAAUACAGAUUGGGAGAGAGAGUGGUUGAAGGCGAAAGAUUUGGUGGGAAACAAGAAUGAUGAAUGUUCAUAUCCGGGUUGCCAAACAGUCCUUAUGAAAUGUGAAGAAGGAAAUUAUGGGGAUUGAUUUGAUUAAUUCUUCUGUGAUCAGCAGAAGUGACUAGCCGCUAAUUAUAAUGAAACUAUUUUUCCACCAUUAAUACUAAAGAGAAAGAAAAUUAA